AUGCCGUUCCUCGGUGCUGAGUCAUAUCGAAUAAAUAAAAAGAAGAGAGCAUGUGAAUUGCUCGAGGGGAGGAGUCUUAAUCUGCCUGUUUUUUGGAAUGGACAAGGUCCGAACGGUCCUCUCUGCUCAGCCCCGGCCUCUUUUAAACCGCCCGCCUUUUGCGUUGAGCGCGUCCACAACACGACAAAGGGGCGUUCACCGCGCUCACUCAUCCUUCCAUCGCCUCUGCCCUUUACCCCCCGCACUGCCAGCCGUCGCCAACGCCCUCCCGUCCAGCCAGCACCCUACCGCCGCCAUUCGCCUCAUCUGAUUCCCGGCCUGGAUGUGACUUUCAGCUGCUGCCAAGCAGAAGCUGUGAUCUAG